GUGCUCAAAGCUGUUCGGGGGUUUCGGCGCGGCAGCGCCCCUGGCCCCACUGGCCUUCGCGGCGACCAUGUCCGUGAGGCUUUGUCAACCGCCCAUGCCGACGAAGUUACUUACAGCACACCUCACCGAGGUCAUCAGGAUACUAGUGCGCGGCGAGGCCCCGCUCGAGCUCGCUCCGCACCUGGCGGGGGCUACCGAGCAUGCCAUGCCAAAGGGCGGUGACGAUGUUCGCCGGAUUGCAGUGGGCGAGACUUGGCGCCGUCUCGCCGGCAAAUGCCUGUGCUCCUCGCUGCGCGAGGCAGUGGAUGCAGCGCACACCGGCCACGCGGACAAAUGCUUUCUGCAGGUGGACUUUCGGAAUGCUUUCAACACCAUCGACCGAGCGGCCAUGCUCCGUCAAGUCCGCCUGCACAUGCCUGGCCUCGCGCCGCGGGCCGAGUGGUGCUACGACCACCACUCGCGCUUGCUCUUCCACCACUCUCCUCUGCUGUCCGAGGUUCCUGAGCUUACUUUCGCCUUCCUUGAUGAUGCCUGUCUCGCGGGCGGCGCCCCUCAAGUUGCUGCCGGCCUCACCCGCCUCGCGGCCGCAGGUCGGUUGGAACUCUCCCCGAACAAGUGCGUGCUUACCGUCUGCGCGGGACCUGAUGGCACUGUUGACCGGAGAGCCUUCCCGGCCGGCAUCCAGGUGAACCAUACUGGCGCCACUUGCCUGCUGGGGGCGCCUAUCGGGCCACAAGCUUACACGGAGGAAUUCACUCGCACGAAGCGUGUGGAAAAGGCGACCCUUCUUUUGCAGGCUCUGCAGGAGCUGCCCGACCCACAAACCGCGCUCCUCCUCCUCCUUCGCCACUGUGCCGCCUACAGCCGCAUGGUUUUUGCAUUGCGCGUGACGCCGCCCCAACUCUUGGCCGGGGCUGCCUCUGACUUUGACUCGGCCGUCCGGGCCUGCCUUGAGCACUUCUGCACCGGGCCGCUUCCUAGCGAGGCGUGGCUCCAGGCCUCCCUCAGCACAGCCAAUGGCGGCCUGGGUUUGCGGCACGCGGCUCGACACGCACCGGCCGCCUACACUGCCUCUCUGAGUGCCGUGCUGCAGCGUUGUUUGGCUCUUGACCCGUCCUACUUGCCCGCCUGGCCCCUCAACGGCAUAACAGUCACGCCCUUGAGCGGACAUGUGCUCGCUGCCGACCGUCUCCCGACUCCCGUGCCACUUACCGUGCGACAACAGCAGUUGUCCCAGGCACUAGACCGGGCCGCGGUCCAGCAGCUCCUCACACCCGGUCCCAACCGCGAGGCUUUCAGAGCCAACCUGCAGCUGCAACGACAGCCUCGGGCGGGAGCAUGGCUCCAGGCCGUCCCGAGUGAGGCGCUGGGCCUUGCCCUCGCCCCAGACAUCUUCCGUGUGCUGAUCAAGCUCCGCCUACGGCUCCCCGUCGCGACUGAAGACGUGGCCUGCCCACUCUGCGAUGGGGUCGCCGAUAGAUUUGGCGACCACGCCCACAGCUGCCCCUGCGGCGGGGACAGGCCGCCGGUCUGCACCCAGAGGUCGAGAAGCCGGGCCUGCUACCGCCCCGCUCCGAGCAGGACGGUUUGCCGGGUCCGCCAGGGCCCUGGCCGCCGCGCAGCAGACGUCUACGUGCCACUUUGGGGUGUGCAUGGCCCAGCUGCCUUCGACCUUGCCGUUACUGCCGGCCUGCGCCAUGGGAACCUGCAAAGCCUUGUUUUCAAGGGCGCCGACCACGUUGUGCUUGACUACGAAGCUCACAAGCGCAGUCACCUGCAGACGCAGGAUCAAUGCACUGCCCAAGGCCUCCAAUUCAUCCCGUUGGUCGUUGAGUGCCGGGGCGGCUGGGGGCCUGCAGCUGCUAAAGCGUGGCAGGCUCUGGCCGCAGCCAUCGCGGCGCAAACAGGAGAACCUGUCUCAGUGGAAGCCAACCGGCUCUAUGAGACGCUCGCAGUAACGCUACAGCGCGAGAACGCUCGCGCCGUUUUGAGACGCGUCCUGGCGUCAGGGCCAGACCCUGGGCCCGCCGCCCUUUUGGUCGAGCCGUAG